AUGAGUUUGACACACCUGGCUGACAGUCUGUCCACCAUCAAAGAUGAGUCCAGCUUCUCCUCCAAUCAGAGCACCUGCAGACCGCAUGGAAGCUCCACCCACCUGUGUUCCACCUGGGCCCCCACUUCCUGCUCAGGCUGCAAGCAGGGCGCGUCCACCGAGCUAAUGGAGAUGAAGUCCUGCUCGUCCCAGAACCUGGAGGCUUGGAGCUACCAGGAAAUGACAUCACACCCUUCUCCAGAGGCGCCGCUGCUCAGAGAGGACUCGCCGUCCGUCAUCGACCUGAGCAGGAGCUACGUUCCAGGUGUUAAGGAGCAGCUGAUGAAGACGGAUGAAGGAGCGUCCUUCUUGGACUCGUCCUCAUCCUGGGAGAGGAGCAGUAUGAUGGAGGCAGCAGUCUUCUCCCCAGCGGAGGUCUUCAGCCUGAGUGCUGCAGAGGAGCUGAGCUUCCAGCGCCCGCCGCUCACCUCCACGCCGCUCUGCUCCCUCAAACACCAGAACGUCUGCUGCGUCCACUGCAGCCUCGGCUCCAGGACAGAGCAGAUCAGAGCACUGUUCCCCUCGGCUCCGGAGACGCCCACACCGCUCAAGGUGCCCGACUGCCAGGACGAGGUGGCAGCCUGCUCCAGACUGAUGAUGAACCUGACAGGAGGAGAGGAGCAGUGACCCUGACAGCCAGCAGUCCAGCUGCAGCUCUGAGGUUCACGGGGAGAGCCUGCUGAGCUCCAUACUACAGAGUCAGAACGGGACCGGCUCGGCCUCACAGGUCCAAGUCGGUUCCGGUUCGGGCCAGCAGAAGGUCCAGGGCCCGUCCGGAUCGGCGGUUCCGUCUCAGACCCGCUUCGUCCCGACCUGCGAUGAGUUUGAAUGUUCCCGCUGGACGAGCAGCUGGAGGUGUGGUGGGCCCAGCAGCACGCUCCCAACCAGGGCUCGCCUGAGUGUCCGGCCAACAGAACCAACCCGUUCGAGGUGAGCGGCGAGCUGCAGGUGGUGAUGUUCGGGAGAACCGAGGACCAGGCCAGUCUGACCCAACAGGCCCGCCACUAUGUGGCGCCGUGACAGAACCAGGUCCAGACCCGGUCAGACCACGCGGUGAGCAUCCAGGUGGGGACCAACCAGAACCUUCAGAGUUCUGGACACUUCACCUCUGGCAGAGUGGAGAAGAACCGCAGGUGACCGUCACCUCGGGGGAUGAAGAUGACUCCUCCUCCUCACCUUGUCAUCGAGGCAGCCAACCAGAAGAGAGGAUUUUUUGUCGUUUCCUGCUACCUCAUCAGUUCUCUCUGAUGUUUUAUUUCUUUGUUUGGGGAAUUUUUUUUCUUCUUUUCUUGUUUUACCCGACCAGAAGGAGACGAGUUCCGGGGUUCUGAUUGUCGGCCCGGACCGGGUCACCGACUGGCCUUUAG